AUGGAGGGAAUGGAAAGAAAAGGAAAAGAAGGGAAGGGCAGGGAGGGGAAUAGAAGGAAAGAAGAAGGAAAAGAGUGUGUUCUCGCAGCUGCAACUCACCUGAAUGAGCGGCAUUCUGAGCGAUUGGUAUUGAGAAGUCAGAAUGACAAUUGUGCUGAGGAAGAAGAGGCGAGUGAGGAAAGAGAAGAGAAGAAAGGGACUUUUUCAACGGAAAGAUUUCAUCCCAUCACUGUUUUAGAUGCUGCUCACUCAAUCACGUUUACUUGCUUUCAUCCGCCUCUCGCAUUCGUUGUCUUUACCAAAGCUCUCUCUCGUACGAUUUUGGUAUGUGCUAGAGAUUAUCACUGA